AUCUCACUUUCUAUACCUAAUCAAAACUCUCUAUCGAUGCAGAUAUUCUCUAAAUCCUUAUCCUCGCGUUAUCAACGAUGAUAUCUACGUUUUCGAUACAAAGAAUUCUAAUAUCAGAGAUCGCCCAAGCCUGUUGUAGAAGUGGGAAUACGAGUGUAAGCAACAUUUCAUGGGAAAAGAGAGGGGGACCGUUGUGUUUGAAGGGUUCUUUCCACGGUAAAGGGAAUCGUUCGGCAGUGCAACGACACGCUCCUGCGAGUUGUGAUCGCGAUCGAGAGGCUUACGGUGCUCUGUCUCUCUCUCGAUUCUCUGUUGGAUCGCGUAGGAAAUAUAUAGAUCGACGGGUGUCUGGCUCGUUAAACGGAUCAACGAACAACUUGAAACGCGACUCCGCGCGACGCCGAACGAUCGUUUAACCCAGUUAACGACGACGGAAAACGAAUCAUUCGUUCUCGUAUGCACCGCGGAGACCGAGGUCGGAUCAACGAUCUGCGAUGGAGGCACGCUCUCGUGGCCACUGAAUCAGACCUACGAUAAUAACGGAUGACGAUAAAACCGAUAAGCAGCAUAUUGUGUCCAGCAGGCGAGAAAUUUUUCUGCGAACAGUAGGUCAGAUAUGACGUAUCGCUGCAACUUUUUCGUUUCUUCGCGCCACUAGCACCGUUGUUUUCGCACGGGAACGUCGACCAGAGCAACCUUAGGCCAGAGACAUGCCAUUGUUCAAGGGGCGUGCAGCCCAGAGAUCGCCGACUUUAGAGAAGCUGAACGGCGGCGGCCAUCACGGCAACAACAACUACAGUCAGCAGAACGGGAACGAAGGGGAACAGACGCCAUCCGACGCCGGUAACGGCGGUCGCGGUGGUCAGAAGAACAACAAUGCAGAGGCGCAGGAACAACGGAGAUCGUCGAGGGUCUCGAGACCUCCUUUGGUCUUCCACUGCCAACUGGCCCAUGGCAGUCCCACCGGGCUGAUAUCGGGCUUCAGCAAUGUACGGGAGCUGUAUCAGAAAAUAGGGGAAUGCUACGAUCUACCUGUGGAUCAAAUACUCUUCUGUACACUCAACACACACAAACUGGAAAUGACUGAGCUGUUAGGCAGUCAGAUAGGCGUGGGUGACUUCAUAUUCGCUCAUAAGAAAGGGAGACCUAAGGAGAUCGAGCUGGUGAAAUCGGACGACGCUCUAGGGCUCACCAUAACCGACAAUGGUGCCGGUUACGCUUUCAUUAAACGCAUCAAGGAAGGUUCGGUAAUCGAUAGGAUAAAGGUGAUAGAGGUCGGGGAUCAUAUUGAGAAGAUCGAUUCGGAUAGCUUGAUCGGUAAACGGCACUUCGAGGUGGCUAAAAUGUUGAAAGAAAUUCCAAGAGGUUCAUCUUUCACGUUGAGGCUCGUCGAGCCGUUGAAAAAUGGAUUCGGCAGCAUUGGUCCACGGGGGGACCUUAAAAAGGGUAAGAAGUCGGGAUAUGGUUCCGGGAAGGAGACGCUGAGAUUCAAAGCUGAUGGCAGCGCCCAAAUUGUCGAAACAGUGGAUGAUGCAGCGACAGUGGGUAUCGACAAAAUUAACGUGAUUUUGGAGAGUUUCAUGGGUAUAUAUGAUACUGAAUUAGCAACACAAAUCUGGGAGCUGUCUGAAGGCAAGGCCAACAGCAUCGAUUUCGCGGAGGCAAUAGAUAAUUCGGACCUAGAGGAUUUCGGAUUCACGGACGAUUUUGUAAUCGAACUAUGGGGUGCAGUUACCGAUGCCAGAGCUGGAAGACAUCGAUGAUGAAAACGGCUAAUUUGGAGGCCAUGAUUAUUGUACAUUUGAUAAUUGCCCGGCGAUGACUUUCAAUCGUAGUUUCCCAACGCUCAGGAAAUCCGAGAGACGAUAACAUUCCAAUUUUGUAUUAUUUUGUUCUGUUUAUUCUCAGAUAAAUAGUGAACUUUGGAAAAGCGGGCUGUAAGCCAAAAUAGAUUGGGAAACUAUGACCCAAAUAAUAUUAGAGAUAAUUAACAGAGUAAUUAUAUUGUAAAUUAUUACUUUAUUAGCGUGUAGGCCUAGUAUGCAACUAGAACGAACGCAAGAGAAGUAUAUAAGUCUCAAGAUUGAUGAGAAAAUAGGCAAUAAACAAUCUGGAGAACACUUGA